AAUGCCCCUAAAGGGAUGACAGGAAUGUGCUAGCUAUCAGGCCCUGAGAUGUGGGUUUGAGGGAGGUUGGUCUCAAAGGGGUGAGUAGGAGUUGGGUGUGUGGUUGGGCAGGUUAAGGCUGGUUUCUGGACUGAGGCGGCGGAAAGAGGAGGACGGUUGGUGUCCCUCCGGGUCGCCAGGGUGGGGGCUGGGAACGCCGGCCCAGGGGGCGGGGUGUGCGGCGGGCCGGCCCCAGGGGGCGCGUGCGCGUUACCACACCCGGCGUUUCAAAAGCCUAGCGGCACGUCGCGCCACGAGCGCUGAGUGCUCUCUCGGUGUGACUGGUGUUGCCCAGCAGUCGCCGUCAGUUCUCGCGGGAUCCGAGUCCCCACUCGACGCCCGCUCUCUUCUCGACGCCCCGGCGGCGGGUGUCGCCAUGGUUCACUUCUUGCACCCGGGGCUCUUGCCACGGACCAUCGUCCCCCCCGACGCCCAGAAGGAUGCCCUGGGCUGCUGCGUGGUGCAGGAGGAGGCAUCUCCCUACUCUUUGGUCAACAUCUGCCUGAAUGCCCUGAUUGCUAACCUGGAGAAAUUGUGUUCUGAAAGACCUGAUGGAACAUUGUGCCUUCCGGAGCAUUGGAGUUUCCCUCAGGAAGUAGCUGAUCGGUUCCUUGGGGUGAUGACUUGGCAAGGCAAGCUGACUGACAGAACAGCAAGCAUUUUCCAAGGCAACCAAAUGAAAUUGAAGCUGGUCAAUAUCCAAAAAGCUAAACUCUCUACAGCUGCAUUCAUAAAAGCCUUCUGCCAUCAUAAGCUCAUUGAAUUGGAUGCUACUGCAGUACAUUCUGACCUCCCUAUCUCAGACAUCAUAAGUGGACUAUGCAGCAAUAACUGGAUCCAAGAAAACCUUCAGUGUCUCCUGUUAGACUCAACAAGCAUCCCUCAAGAUUCAAGACUACUUUUCUUUGGUCAGCUCACUGGUCUUCGCAUUUUAAGUGUUUUCAAUGUUUGUUUUCAUACUGAAGACUUGGCUAAUGUUUCUCACUUACCAAGACUGGAAAGCUUGGAUAUCUCCAACACUCUGGUCACUAACAUCUCUGCAUUGCUUACCUGUAAGGAUCGACUCAAGUCUCUAACAAUGCACUAUCUGAAAUGCUUGACCAUGUCCAAACCACAAAUUCUUGCAGUCAUUAGAGAACUUAAAUGUCUGCUUCACCUUGAUAUUUCUGAUCACAGGCAACUCAAAUCAGACCUAGCUUUUCAUUUGCUACAGCAGAAGGAUAUCCUGCCUAAUAUCGUAUCACUGGAUAUUUCUGGGGGCAAUUGCAUCACUGAUGGAGCUGUAGAACUGUUUAUACGGCAGCGGCCUGCAAUGCAAUUUGUGGGACUACUGGCUACGGAUGCUGGUUAUUCUGACUUCUUUACUACAGAGCAAGGCUUGAGGGUUGCUGGAGGAGCCAAUAUGAAUCAGAUUACAGAAGCACUGAGCAGAUACAGGAACAGGUCAUGUUUUAUGAAGGAAGCCCUCUACAGGCUCUUUACAGAGACAUUUUCAAUGCAGGUAACCAUGCCUGCUAUUUUAAAGCUUGUGGCUGUAGGAAUGAGGAAUCAUCCAUUGGAUUUACCAGUGCAGUUCACGGCCAGUGCUUGUGCUCUGAACUUAACACGCCAGGGCCUGGCCAGGGGGAUGCCUGUUCGUCUAUUGUCAGAGGUCACCUGUCUGCUUUUCAAAGCUUUGAAAAACUUCCCCCAUUAUCAGCAGUUACAGAAGAAUUGUCUUCUCUCCUUAACCAAUUCCAGGAUUCUUGUGGAUGUUCCAUUUGACAGAUUUGAUGCAGCCAAGUUUGUUAUGAGAUGGCUCUGUAAGCAUGAAAACCCCAAGAUGCAAACAAUGGCAGUGAGCAUCACCUCUAUUUUAGCCCUGCAGCUUUCACCUGAGCAAACUGUCCAACUUAAAGAAGAGCUCUUCAUGGCAGUUAAGGAACUUCUAGCAAUAGUAAAACAAAAGACUACUGAGAAUUUAGAUGAUGUCACCCUCUUGUUUACUUUGAAAGCACUUUGGAAUCUUACAGAUGAGUCUCCAGCUGCCUGCAAGCACUUUGUUGAAAAUCAGGGAUUGGCAGUCUUCAUGCAAGUCUUGGAGACUUUUUCAGAGUCAGCAAUACAAAGCAAAGUACUUGGUCUUUUGAACAACGUAGCAGAAGUCAAAGAGCUGUCUUCCAGGCUUUUGAGUGAAGAUAUGAUGAAGCGUAUCCGCAGUUUACUCCACAGCAAGGAAAUGGAAGUGAGCUAUUUUGCUGCAGGUAUCAUAGCCCACCUGACAUCGGACAGACAGCCUUGGCUAUCCCGUGACUUUCAGAGAAGUGCUCUUCUCCAAGAGCUGCAUGCAACUAUCCAGAAUUGGCCAAGUUCAAGUUGUAAAAUGACAGCAUUGGUGACCUACAGAUCUUUCAAGGCAUUUUUCCCGCUCCUUGGCAACUUCUCUCAACCAGAGGUUCAGCUCUGGGCACUAUGGGCUAUGUAUCAUGUCUGCAGUAAAAACCCCAGCAAAUACUGCAAAAUGUUAGUAGAAGAAGAAGGAUUACAGCUUCUGUGUGAUAUCCAGGAGCACAGUGAGGCAAACCCCCAAGCACAGCAGAUUGCAGCCUCCAUUCUAGACGACUUCAGAAUGCAUUUCAUGAAUUAUCAGAGACUCCCUCUGUGUCGAAUGCAGUUCUCAACCUAAGGGGCUUAAUGGGUGCUCUCUGUUCUUCAAUGUCAGUUCCUCUGCCCUGUCAGUAAUUGAAUGUUGAAACCACUCGGAGUUUGUGAAUUGGCUGUCUCAUUGGCCAUUUACUGUUGAUUUUCUAUCUGGGAGUUUGUGAGUUUGCUCUUUCAUUGGCCAUUUAUUGUUGAUUUUCUAUAAGUUACAAAAAGGUUGGAUUUGUAGAUAGCCAUAAUCCCAAAUCAAGUUGGAAUCAUUCUGGGGACACCCCUUCAGCAGCAAUUUUGAAGAAUUAAACCAUGGAUUCUUGGGAAAAGCUUGUGUGGGAAUAGCUAUGCCAGUUACUUAGCCCUGGACAACUUUUUUGCUUUGGGAGCAUGUCAGGGAAAUGGGACCAAUUACCCAGUAGAAGAAAGGAAAGACCUAUAGGGAGACCUUGGCAUUUAUGUUCAGUUUCCUGAGUAGUUAUUUGUGCUUAUGCAAAGCUACCAGAAAAGAAGUAUAUACAAAGAAAGUGGGAAAUACAUGCUUAUAAAUAUGUUGUUUGUAAGGCAGAACUUCUGGUGAAGGGAUAAAAACUAAUUUUCUCUUUCCUCCUUUUCUUUUCUUCCUUUCCCUUCUCUUCUUUCUUUCCCUUCCCCCCUCCUUUCUUUUCUUCCCUUUCCUCCCUCUCUUCCUUCCCACCCCUCAGAUACCAGAGUACUUUCCACUUGAAGGAAGGAAAGAAAAAUAUAUUUUUGGGAAGAAGGGCUGGGUACAUUCAUACAUAACAGGUACACUGCACACUAUCCAGGAGAUGGGCACACUUACAACCUUGACUCAUGGUACAAAAGCAAUUUAGGUAACCAAAACAUUGUACCCGUGAAAUACACUGAAAUUUAAAAAUAUAUAACAGCCCUGCAAUAUAAAAACAAAAAAGAGAAAUAUAUAUUUUUACAACUUUAAGUAUUCUUUGGCCCUUUUCCCUGCAACUUUACAAACCGUAUCAGAUGCUUUUGUUUGUGGCCUCUGCAGAGCUGCUCUGAGGAAUAGAGUAUGAACUCCUUCCUUGCCUUAUGGACUACUGAUAAACAUGUUUUAUUUAUUUUAAAUUUGUUUUUGAUUAUUAACAUAGCUUAGAACUAGAUUUUUGAGCUUUUAGCUGGCUUGGUCCAGACUCUUAACUGGAGUACCAUGUACCAUCUUUUGGAAUCAAGGAGGAAAAUAAAAAAUCACAUUCCAAACUAUUACCAGUGUCCCACUAAAUAAGCAAGAUUUGUAACCUAUUUCCUUCAAUAGUCCUUAAACUGCAGUUUCCUCACACUCUGCUGCAUGAUUCUAGCAAGGGUGUCUUGAGUUUCCUGUCCUGGGUUCCAGUACCUUGGAACAUUGUGUCAUCAGAUCCUAGCUUUUGCUAAUGGGAGGAUGUGUUGUGGGGUGGGAACUACUGUGUUGAAGUCCAGGUCUGUCCUAGGCAUCCUUUUCCUCUCAUUCACAGUAAUCGUCAGGGGUAGGUAAGUUUCAUUUUCCUUACUUAACAGAUGAGAAAAAGGAAGUUCAGUAAGGUUGUUGCUUUGCUGAGUAGUCCUAGCUGGUACAGUCUGUGCUGAUUGUAAGGCUUGGGUUGGUUCUGUAUUACUCUGCCAUCCAUGGUACAAACAUAACCUUGGGGCAUAUUUGUAUUUAGCAGCAAGUCAACAAUGGUAUUCCUAUGUGUCCAUGCUCAUGAUUUAGGGACUCUAGGCCAGGCCUAGGCUCAGGAUGCUUAGCCAGAAUUCAGAUCCAGUUGGAGAAUGACCACAAGGCCACAGCUUACACCUGUUAGCCUUGAUACAAGAGGAGAGAUGGCUACUACGACCAAUAGGGAUAUGUAUCAGCCCCUGCUUUGUUUUCUAGGGGCUGUCAUCCUCUAUUCACCUUUGCUCAUGAUGUUUGUGUUAAGUGGCUUGUUUGCUUCGCAUACCUAUUAAUCCUCAGGCUUCAAUUCCAUGUUACUUGCCCAUUUCUCGAUCCUCCCUUCUCUCCAUCCAAGUUAAUUGCACCCUUCUCAGUA